UUCGAUGCGAGAGCUUCAGUCGCUCUUGACUCUCCGAUCAUUGAGUUAUCGAGGUGAAACAGAUAAUACAGAUAGGCUGUUGUAAGUGAUAGACAAAGCAAUUAGUUAAUUGCAAAAAGUGAAAAUGAGAUUAUUCAAGUGUGUGCUACCAGUGGUAGUGAUACUGCUUUUGAUUAAUGACUCCUACGCUGGUGUACUACGCGAUCUUAUUGGCGGCAGUGUGCUGAAUCCUUUAAACUAUUUGAAACCUAAAGGAACAUCUGCUCAAGCUAACAGCAAUGCUCAAUCAUUAGGAGGAGGUUUCAAUAUAGGACCAAUCGGAAUUGGCGGUGGACUUUCCUCAGCAUCGGCUUCAUCGUCCGCGUCAGCGACCGGUGAUGGCUCAGCUUCAGCGAAAGCUAAUGCUGAUGCCAAUGGAUAUGGUGGAUAUGGCGGUGCCAAUGCAAACGCGCAAGCCAAUGCUAACGCUCAAGGUUACGGCGGUUCUUUGGGAACCUCCGGGGGGUAUCUCAGAGAUAAUGGUGUAAAUGAUGACUAUUACCAUCGCAACGUCAAUCAGGUCCCCGUUCAGUACAGUCAACCGAGUUACGGAAGUUACGGUGGCUCUCAGUCUAAUGCUAACGCUAAUGCCAACGCUAUGAACAGCGUAAAUGGCGGAGCACUUCCGAUUGGUUCCUCCGGUUCUUAUUACCCAGUAUCUUCAGGACCUAAAGUUAUCGGCAACGCUAAUGCUAACGCAAACGCCAACGCUGUCACUGCCAACGGUGGUAACGGCAGAGUAGUUCCAAUCAACCCUUCCGAAUCCUAUUAUCCAGUGCAGUCUGGACCCAAGGUCAUCGGCAACGCUAACGCUAAUGCUAAUGCUUACGCGAAUGCUGUUGCAAAAGGUAGCGGCGGUGUAAAUUCGUAUCCUGGAAAAUAUCCUAGCAACGGAAUAGAGAUUAUUCCCGUAAACACACUACCGAUUUCUCAACCGAAUCCACCUGGUCGUCCAGUGCCCUAUCGGCCUUACCCCCGGCCAAUUCCUCAAGGAGUUGGCAAGGGAGAAACUGUGAUACCAAUUGUCAUAGUCGAAGAUUCGCCUGCGGUGCAACAUCCGCAACAUCCGCAAUAUCCACAAUAUCCGCAAUAUCAACGUCCAGGUUCUCACUACCAUGGUCGACCGCAUUACGGCGGGAAACCGAAGCAACAGCCCAUUGAGGUCAUCGUUAUCGAGGAGACGGUGCCAAGUCAUCAAGCUAAUGGCUAUGGAAAUAGUGGCAUUCAAGGAACUUAUCCUCAUCAAAGACCAUCUUAUGGUGGCAAUCCCUUCUUAUCUGGCGGCGGAUCAAACGCUAACAGCAAUGCUAAUGCUCAAGCAAGUGCCAAUGCAAACGCCAAUGCUCAAACAGGAGGAAAUAGCGGAAGUAUUUCAGGAGGAUACCAACCACAAGGCAGUGGCCACUAUCCGUCAGGUCAGAUUGGCGGAAGCAAUCCGUUCCUAAGUGGUGGGCAUAAUCUUAAUGGCAAUGCCAACGCUAAUACGCAAGCCACUGCCAAUGCAAAUGCAAAUGCCGGAUCUGUUGGUACCGGACAAGAACCAAUAGGUGCAAAUAAUCCGUUCUUUACUAGUAGCCCAUCUCACGGUAAUGCAGCAGGGAACUAUCAGCCAGGUGGCACUGCUAUCAUUUUGAAUGAAAAACCGAAAGGUAUUCCUACUACUUAUCCAGGACAAUGGACAAAUCCUAGCUCGCAAGGAUCUGCAGGAGCUAAUGCAAACGCCAACGCUAAUGCUGCCGCUGGUGCCAGCGGAGGAGGAUAUGUUGGACCGGUGAAAGGGAGUCCGAUUUCUGGAUCAGGUGGAUAUGGCGGUGGAUCUUCAGGAGCAACUGUUCUUGGUAGUGGUUAUAAUCAGGGAUCAGUUAGUCCGAGCUACGGCGGACAAAGUGGAAGUUUAUCUGGUGCUAACGCCAAUGCCAAUGCUGGAGCUGCAGGCGGAAGUAGCGGAAUUGUUCUUGGUGGAUCAGGAGGUCAUAACGGAGGUUAUAACCAAGGAUCUCAAGGUCAAAGUGGCGGUGGAUAUGUACAAGGCGGUUCUUCCGGAUCUAAUCUUGGUGGAUACGGUGGAGGUUCAUCCGGUGCCAACGCUAACGCCAAUGCUGGAGCCGCUGGUGGAAGUAGCGGAACUGUUCUCGGUGGAUCAGGAGGAUAUGGCGGUGGAUCUCUCGGAGGUCAAGGUAGUGGUGGAUAUGUACAAGGUGGUUCUUCCGGAUUGAAUCUUGGUGGAUACGGAGGAGGCUCAUCCGGUGCCAAUUCUAAUGCUGCUGCAAAUGCUAACGCCAAUGCUGGAGCCGCUGGUGGAAGUAGCGGAACUGUUCUCGGUGGAUCAGGAGGAUAUGGCAGUGGAUCUCUCGGAGGUCAAGGUAGUGGUGGAUAUGUACAAGGCGGUUCUUCCGGAUCUAAUCUUGGUGGAUACGGAGGAGGCUCAUCCGGUGCCAAUGCUAAUGCCGCUGCAAAUGCUAAUGCUGGAAGUUCUGGUGCCACUGUUCUCGGUGGAUACGGAGAUGGUGUUAAAGGAUCCGGACACGGAGGAUACGGUGGCCAAAGUGGAUUUGGUGGAUCUGUUGGAGGAGGCUCAAACGCACAGGCGUCCUCCAAUGCAAUUGCGUCCGGCGGCGGCACUUCUAAUGCUAUUUCCGACGCUUCAUCCAACGCAAGUUCCAAUGGCGGAUUGGCAUCAGCAAACAGCUCCAGUAAAUCGUCGGCCUACACAAACGGAUCGGGAUCCGCGAAAGCAGACGCGUCCAGUAAUGCAUCUGCGGAUAGUAAUGGUGCACACAGCUCAGCAUCGAGCCACGCAGCAGCCACGAUUGACACCAGGUCCAUGUUGGUUUUCAAUUGAAUAUUGUGAUAUGACAAAACCGAUCGACAAAGCA